CAAACCUCAUAAGUCAAUAUCUCAGUUGUAAACAUACUCAGAUUUUGCAUGUAUACAGCAAUGGCGAUGCAUGUCAGAUUACCGCUGGAGAUCAUACUCAACGUCCUUGAUCAGCUCGUUGGAUCUUCCCAUGAAGAACACCCUAUAUUCGAUCCUUCAAGCCUCAUUACGAAGACUUUGCGAGCACUCUCUCUCACUUCACGCUCAAUGUAUACAAUUGCAUCAAGAUACCUAUAUCGUCACUGCCUCUACUUGAGAGAUUGUAUGAGCUAUGCAUGCUUUAGAAGAACGAUGGGACUCGACCUUGGUGGCAACCAUCCUCAAUCACUUGCCUAUGGGCAGGCUGGACGCCUUGAUGAGCUGUGGCAUACUUCCAAGAUUACCCAGUCAAUCGCCUCUGUGUUUAUAUCACCAAUGGAAAUGCCGAACGAGGAACCGGGAAGCGCUCGACACACCCCUAUGGUUCGGCUCCCACAAAUCCUGGAUCUUUGCAACCACAUAGGCCCGACCCUCAAAAGGCUGAUGCUAGACAUGCAGCCUGUCUAUUCGACACAAAGCGAGGUUGAGAACGUCAGACUUUCCCGAAGGGGAACGGACAUAUUCCUGGGCAUGUCGAAUCUAGAAGAGCUAGUCGCAAGCUACGAUGUGCUCGAUUACUUUCGUUACCCACCACCAAAUUUGAAGAGGCUGGCUAUUACGAUACAAGAUCUCCACGAUCUAGCGAUGAGAUUCUGCUUCUCUGUAUCCACCUUGCACACGCUGGUCCUACUACGACCAGUGGAGUUAAGCGCAACAGAUAUCAACAGCCUCUUCACCACAUACAAGGGACGGAGCCUAGAUGUUGUCCUGGUAGAUGUCAACUCGAACCACCGAACCCCAAAAGACACCCGAGACUGGGCUGACGACGACGCAGUCAGAAUCUGGGAAGUAGAUGUCCCAACUAGCUUCUACGGCGACGACGACGAUCUCAUCCUCUGCGACAAUUGGAUUUGGACGCAUGCCGUCAAAGAUACACUUUGGGCUUUUGAGAAGAGGAGAAUGGCCUCUUGGUCCGAGGUUCAACGAAGACUGGCGGGUCCCGUGCACCACAUUGUCGAUUGAUCUGGGGGUUUUCCGUGGAAGAGGAUCUUCAA